AUGGCCAGCCCCGGGCAGGGGGAGGCGGGGACCCCCGCGGGCCACCAGGCUGCCGUGCUGGAGCAGGCCAGGGAGCUGUUUCUGCUCUGUGAUAAGGAGGCAAAGGGCUUCAUCACGGAGCAUGACCUGCAGGACCUGCAGAGCGACCUGCCCCUGACGCCGGAGCAGCUGGCAGCCGUGUUCCACAGCCUGGAUCAGGCGGGUGCUGGCGUCCUCAGGGUCCGGGACUUCUGCCUGGGACUAGGGAAGUUCGUGGGGGCCCAGGGCUUCGUGCCCUCCUGGACUCCCUUGGAGGAAACCUUUGAGACUGGCUGCUCGGCCGACUUGCCAGACCCAGAGGGCUUCCUGGAAGAGGAGGAGGAGGAGGAGACGUUCUGUGCGGGCCUGGAGCGGCUGGGCGUGGCACGGGUGCUGGGCGCGCAGCGGGCGGUGCGCGCCCUGUGGACCCGCCUGCAGCGCGAGCGGCCCGAGCUCCUGGGCCCCUACGAGGACGUGCUGCUGCGCGCGACCGCCUGCCUGGACGAGGCGGCUCGCGAGCGGGACGGGCUGGCGCAGGCGCUGCGGCGGCUCCGGAGCGAGCACGAACGGGAGCUGCGCGAGCUGUGCGAGGAGCAGGAGCGCCAGCACCGGGAGGAGCGCCGGAAGGGGCGGGGCCAGGACCGUCUGACCCGCGAGGAGCGCAGGGGCCAACUGGAGCUGGAACUGGACACCCGCGAGCAGCAGCUGGAACUCGCGGGCCUGCGGCUGCGGGAGCUGGAACAGCAGCUGCAGGCCCGGGCGGCCAAGCAGCUGGAGGCGCAGGCCCAGAGCGAGCAGCUGUGGCUGGCCAACGAGGCGCUCAGGAAGCAACUGGACGCCAUGCAGGAGAAGCUCCAGCGGCUGGAGGGCGACGUGCAGGGCCGCGCGGAGCAGACCCGACGAGAGGUGGAGGCCGUGUCCAUGAACAUGCAGAAGGAGAAGCAGAGCCUCCUCCGGCAGCUGGAGCUAGUCAGGGAGCUGAAAACCCUUCUGAGAGAUGAACGAGAUGCCUGGGAUGCCAAGCGCCUGGGUGGCGGCCGCAGAAAGGCUCAGAUGGCCACGCACCUGCCCGGAGCUCCCUGCUGUUGGUGCUGCAGCUGGGUUCACUCCCCGAGACGGGGCUCCGGCCACUGCCCCAGCACCCACUGAGCCACCCUGGCCGGGCCCGACACAGCUGUGAAAG